AUGUCAAACGUAUAUACUAGUAUUAGUAACUAUUAUAUUUCAUCUUUAACAAAAAGAGUUAAUUUCAUUGAUCUAUUUAGAUCAAUAGUCAUCAGAAAAGAGAUAUUCAAUCAAAUCGGUCUAUUGCGUUCGAUAUUAUCAUCAUAUUUAAAAAGGUAUAACAAAGGAAGAGAUAUAAUCAAACUAUGGGAUAUUGGAAUGAUAUCAAGGUAUGCAUUACCAUGGCACUUUGUUAAACAUUAUCUACCCAAUGAUUGUAAAGAGAUCAACCGGUAUAUUAGAUAUCAAGCAAUCAACAAGUAUGCAGCCCAUCCAAAUGCAACUGUUGACACAUUACAACAUCUUAUUGAAUGGUCACCUGAUGUCUAUUUUGUUGGUGAUUAUCUAGACAAGACCGCAAUCCAUGGAAAGGUGGAUAUAUUAAAGAUGAUUCAUCAAAGAUAUCCAAAUACUUUUAUUCAUUCAAAUUUGUCUGUUGAAGGUGCUGCAAAUAAUAAGAAUGGUCAUUUGUCGAUCAUUCAAUUGCUACAUUCAAUCGAUAAUCAAGGAAUCCCUAUAUUUACAACUGAAGUAAUGGAUAAUGCUGCUAAAGUAGGUAACCUUUCUCUAGUUCAAUGGUUACAUCAAAAUAGAAGUGAAGGUUCAACAGAGAGAGCAAUCAAUUAUGCAUCUGAAAAUGGACACUUUGAAUGUGUAAAGUUUCUUGUAGAGAAUACAAAAGAAGAAGGGACGGAAGAGGCAAUAGAUAUGGCUGCAUCCAAUGGACAUUAUGAUAUUGUUCAAUAUUUACAUCAACAUGAUUAUUUGUGUACAACUAAAGCCAUGGAUGGUUCCGCUGAAAAUGGACAUGUUAAUAUCAUAAAAUACCUUACAGAGAAUCGUACUGAAGGAUGUGAGAAUGCAUUGAAUUUAGCUUCAAAAAAUGGUCAUUUUAAUUGUGUAACUCUGUUUCCACAGUAUUUAUGUCAAAAUAUUAAACAAAAUGAAGAGUGUAUUCAAGAUGCUUUGGUUAUUGCAUCUGAGAAUGGUCAUCGAUCAGUAGUUGAGUAUUUAUGUGAUUACCAAACUGGUGAUGGCAGUGAUGAAUUUAAACUUUUAAAAGAGUCUCAUUUAUCAAUUAUCCAGACUUGUACAACCAAAGAAAUGGACAAUGCUAGUUUAAAGGGUGAUUUAGAUUUAUUAAAAUUACUUUAUUCUCAAGGAGGAGUAUACUCUAAUGAAAUUGCUGAAUUGGCAGCUAUCAAUGGUCAUUUAAAUGUAUUAAUUUGGAUAGACAACACUAUCAACGAUACCAAACUAUUUACACAAAAGGUAAUGGAUGUUGGAGCUACAAGUAAUAUCAAUGUUGUAAAAUGGUUACAUCAAAAUCAAACACACCAAAGUUUCUCUAGAGAUUCAAUAGAAUAUGCAUGUUCUAGCGGUCUUUUAGAUAUUGUACAAUAUCUAAUUGAAAAUACAACUACUAAAAGUACUACUGUUGGAUGUAUCAGAAAUGCCAUUUUUGAAGCUGGUAGACAGGUCAUUUAG